GUUGGGGGAGGAUUCACACACCUGAUAAAUAUCAGUUCAGUCGUGUUUCAGGUCAAUCUGAGUGUUUCAGACAUUAAGAGUUACUAUCGUGGGCUUUUCAGUGAACCGAUGAAGAAGAUGUUUCUCAAAUUAGUUUUGCUCUGCUUGUGUUUGUGGCGUCUGGAUGUUUGUGUAAGUGUUGGAGGAAUGGCAAUGAUAGUGUCAGAGGGAGAUUCAGUCUCUCUAAACUCUCGUCUCACUGAAAUGAAGGAUGAUGAUGUGAUUCAGUGGAACUUUGAAGACACUUUAAUAGCAGAAAUCUAUAAACGGGCCGACAGAAUUGCUCUAUAUGAUGAUGUUCUUGAUGGGAGAUUGAGAGACAGACUGAAGCUGGACAAUCAAACUGGAUCUCUGACCAUCACACGCAUCACAACUGAAGAUACUGGAGUUUAUAAUUUACUGAUCAACAGUGCGAUCAGAGAGAGAAUCGGGGUCGUUGUCGUUGGUGUUAUACCAGAGUUAGUGUCAGAGAUGGAGGGAGAUUCAGUCUCUCUAAACUCUCAUCUCACUGAAAUAAAGGAUGAUGAUGUGAUUCAGUGGAGGUUUGGAAAGACUUUAAUAGCAGAAAUCAAUAAACGGGCCGACAGAUUCACUGUAUAUGAUGAUGUUCUUGAUGGGAGAUUCAGAGACAGACUGAAGCUGGACAAUCAAACUGGAUCUCUGAUCAUCACACACAUCACAACUGAAAAUGAAGGAGAUUAUCAACUACUGACCAACAGAAUUAGGAAAUUCAAGCUCUAUGUCUCUGGUGAUUUUACAAUGCUUGUGCCAGUGCUGGAGGGAUAUUCAUCUACUCUAAACUCUAGUCUCACUGAAAUAAAGGAUGAUUAUACGAUUCAGUGGAGGUUUGGAAAGACUUUAAUAGCUGACAUCGAUAAACGGGCCGGCAGAUUCACCGUAUAUGAUGAUGUUCUUGAUGGGAGAUUCAGAGACAGACUGAAGCUGGACAAACAAACUGCAUCUCUGACCAUCACAAACACCACAACUGAACAUGAAGGAGAUUAUGAACUACUGACCAACAGAAUAAGAAGGAAUUUCAAGCUGAUGAUCUGAUCACAACGGCAUGUUUCAAAUAUAAUCAGAUUUUUUUUUGUCAUUAGUAUUUCCUUUAAGUGAUCUUUGAGUUUAUUGUGAACCUGAAUGAUAAAUACUGAUUAAAGAUUUAAAGUUUUAAAUAUU